AUGGCGCCGACAUCCCCGUCAGGGACAGACGGCACUGCACUCAAAGGAAUAGAGGACAGACUGCGCAGCCUGACGGCCUCUAUGGCCACAAAAGGCGACCUCAGAUCUCUCACCACCACCAUACAGGAUACCCUCAGAGCAGAGAUGGCAGGGAUCCGGUCUGAGGUGGCCUCGCACGCGGGCCGCAUCACACUACAAGAAGAGGCGACUGAGGCCCUCACAACACGCGUGACAACCGCGGACACUGCAAUAGCCCGCCAGGGAACAAUGCUCCUCUCAAUGAGAAGACACCUCGAGGAUCUAGAUAACAGGGGUCGGAGGUGCAAUAUACGCAUUCGGAGAAUCCCAGAGGCUGAAGGACCAACAGAAAAUGUGGUGGAAAUACUCACCGUACUCUUCCAAUCCAUCUUGCAACCAACAUCACCACAGCACAUAGAGUUCGAAAGGGCACACAGAACAACGCAACCCAGGACUUUGGAGGAUGGCCCAAGGGACCUGAUAUGCUGCCUACAUUCCUUCCCAGUUAAAGAUACUAUCAUGAUGAAGGCUCGGGAAAGACCAACAUGGCCCUACAGGGGCACCCAAGUGGCAUUAUAUAACGACCUGUCCCCAAUCACACUGGAGGCCCGGCGAGCCCUUCGCCCCGUGACGACCACAUUGCGAGAACAAGACAUCACCUACAAAUGGGGGUUCCCAUUCGCAUUGAUGGCCAGACACCAAAAUGGCUGGAUCUCAAUACGCUGGCCAGAAGAAGUACCGCAGUUCAAGAAAGAACUAGGCCUUCCAGUACUGGCUGUCCCCAACUGGAUACUGGGAACAUCAGCCCCAACACAGUGA